AUGGCUGAGAGCAUGAAUAAUGGCAUCUUUUGCCGCAACAACACGCUUCCCCCAUUGCCGAAUCGCGGGGUCAUGUCCCUCUUUUCCCUCAAAGGCAAGACGGCAAUUAUAUCCGGAGCCGGAGGUGGCAUUGGACUCGCUGUAGCAAAAGCAUUUGCGGAAGCCGGUGCCAAUGUUGCCAUCUGGUACAAUUCUAAUGGCAAUGCUGAUGAAACAGCCGCGACGAUUGCUACCCAGUUUGGUGUUCAAUGCAAGGCGUAUCGUGUUGAUGUCACUUCCCAUGUAGCCGUCGACAAAGCCGUCACUGUGGCCAUCUCUGACCUUGGUGGCCGUCUGGACAUCUUUGUUGCCAACGCCGGUGUCUCUUGGGGCGACGAGUCAUUCAUCGACGCCGACAUGUCGAGAUAUCACGACCUUAUGAAGAUCAACACCGAUGGCGUGGUCUACUGCGCACAUGUGGCGGGAAAGCACUUUCGCCGACAAAAGCUCGAAGGCACCACAUCCGAUGGAGCCAAACUCGAUGGCUUCUCGAGUGGCAGCUUCAUUGCGACAGCCAGCAUGUCUGGACACAUUGUCAAUAUUCCCCGGCGCCAGGCCAUUUACAACGCGUCCAAGGCGGCUGUAAUUCAUCUAUGUAAAUCUCUGGCGAUCGAAUGGCUUGGGUUUGCCCGUGCCAACUCUGUGUCUCCGGGAUACAUCAACACCGGCAUCGCUGGCGCUGUCGCCGAAGAAGUCAUGAGUGCCAUUACGGAUAAAAUUCCCAUGGGGCGUUUCGGCGAGACAGGGGAGUUGCAGGGCAUUUAUCUAUAUCUAGCAUCGGAUGCUUCGACAUAUGCUACUGGCGCGGAUUUUGUCAUUGACGGCGGCUACACUGUUGCAUAG